GUCAAACACGCGCGGAUCACGCGGCCAAACAACUUUGCGAACGAACACAGGGACGCUUUGCCGCUGAGAGCACAUCAACCGGCAUCAACCAGUUACGCCCGGCAGACCCUCUAUCUACUAUCACAGCAGGGGACUGGCCAACGCAGUGCGUGUGUGCGUGUGUGCUUUCGGACACCGCGUUACAAUGGACUGAACUUGCAUAAGCGGGGUGCGAAAGGAUGGCCGGCAAUAGUACUACCGUCGGAAGGGCUGGUGGUGCAAAAGGGAGGAGCAGCACGAGUAGCACGACGACAAGUAGCACCUCGAAACGGAGAAAGAUAAACUCCAGGAAUUCUUGUCCCCCACGUCCUAACCAAAAAACGUUAGAUGGGUACUUUGGUUUCGCCACCCCGUCUGCAACUGGAAGUCCCUCCGAAAGCACCAUCCCUUCCCCGAUUGAUGUUGAAGAAUCGCCUGCUCCGUCCGUCGUACCCGAAGAAAAUGUGGAGAACGACGAUGGUGAAGAGGUGGACGACGAGACAGACUCGGUGCCUUGGUGGGCCAAUAGGAAACCAUACUACCAGCGAGUGUUUGAAGAAGCCAUCGCGGUAGUUAUGGAAGGAGAGGCGCAUCUGCUGUGCGAAGAGGAGCAGAGGAUAAUCGCCGUCUACACCGCCCUGAAUGUUGAGGCACAAAAGCUCUUCGUCAGGCUGUUCUCCCGAGACCGCAAAUGGAUUCGGCUCAGCAAUCUGAAGUACCGUGAGAUUGAUCUAGGUGUUGCCUAUGAAAGACUAUCCAUCGAGGCACCCGAGCUUGCUGAAUAUGAACCAGAAGGCCUACAGGUCAUGUUGGAAAUCCUCACCGGAGCCGAACUCAAGACCCUUGUGAAGGAGAGUCAAAUCGCAUCCCCAGGGGCCAGCCAGACCAAGGCCGCGUGUGUCACCGCCAUCCUUGCUCAUACGACGGGUCAGGCUCUGCUGAUUGGAGACCCACUCAGGCGUAUGACUAAACGUGUCAGGGAAGCUCUCGGACCUGUCCUUAGGUUGACAGAACCAAUUGUGGAUCUCUUCGAGCGCAUCAUGGUGAUCCACUUCAGGUCGUUGGACUUGCUCGAGCGGCCCAUGACGGCUGGCAUCCUGUCGGAAGUGGAGAAGUGGGUGUUCCCUACUUAUACCGUGGAUCGGAACAAUGACAUAUUCAAGACGCGAGAGGAUGCUGUUGCUUAUUACGAGGCAUUGGUCCUGCAAAGCAAAAUCGAGAAGAUGGCUGAGAACAGACAGUCAGCAGAGACACUCGAGUUUCUGCCGUCCGUGGAGCAGCGUUGGACGGAAAUUGCCGGGACUGAAACCCCUCUGGAAGGAUCUCAGUACUUCCUACAGCAGUUUACUGCCGGACGAGUUCACACUCGGAUCCUUACAAUGUACGCCCUGGACAUCCUCCCCUUCAUCAAACAACACGAAAAAGCGAUAAGCAUCCUCCACUCCCUCCUCUUCCAAAGCACAUACGGCCGCGGCUCCCGAGGCAAAUGGUGGGACCAACUCUCCCACCUCACCCUCAACUACGGCGGCCCGACAGCAGAACAGCGACAGGAGUACGCCCUCGAGUACUGCGUGGAAGCCGUGCGGGAUCCGUUGGUCAAGGGCGGCUACUUGGUCAAGAUCCGACGACGGCUGGAGAGGAUUGCGAGGAAGGUCUGGGACCGGACGUUUGGCGCGGACGGUGGGAGUGAGAAUAGUCCGUGUGAUGGGGUACAGCCGAAGAAGCGGGCAAAGAAGGGAAAGCAUGCGAAGAUGAUGAAUGGGUGGGAGGAGAUCAUACCGGGGGAUAUCAGAAACAGACUGGUGGAUUUGACGGUCAAGGAACCGACGCUGGUGGUCGUGGAGGGCAAUAAAGUGGAUGGAGGCGCGACGGGAUUGAAGUCUCGCUGGAUCGAGAGCGUGCCGCCGGAAGAUCUCCAAGCACAGACAGAGGUGGACGGCAAGUCCCAAUCCCCAGAAUCCGCUCUAAUGACAGUCGAAGAAGUUGCCAUCCGCCACUACGCCCUCGCUGGGUACUCCGGCCAACACCUCGAAAACGCCCUCCUCCAACACCUCUUCGGCCUUCUCUUCCACUCAAUCCUCUACACCCCCGUCCCGAACGUCUUCCAAACCCGGUUCCAGAUCUUCCCCCUCGAUCUCUACACCGAUGCAUUCGCCGACCCCUCCGGCCCGCGUGCCGCCGCCCUCGCCAGCCGGUGCGAGGAGAUUGCGGGGUGGACGUCGGAGGAGUUGGUGGAGGAAGUUAUGAGGAUUGAUGGGGAGUUGAGGGGGAGGAAGGUUAGGGCUGUGGGUGUGGCUUGGAAUGCGGUGGCGGAUCCGGAGGUGUUGGAGAGUUUGGUGGGGUGUAUGCGGCCGGAGGCAGUUGCGGCGGUUAUGAGGGGGAUGGCGGACGGGUAUAGGGAACAUACCGGGGGGUUGCCCGAUCUUGUUGUUUGGAGGGAGGAUGAGGUGGAGGCGGAUGAGGCUACUAUGGGAAAUUACGAAGCGAGCAGUGGGCAGAUGGAUGGUGCGAGUGCCUCCAAACGACAACCAGCAAGGAGGGAGCGGAGCGGAGUCAUCAAGCUCGUGGAAGUCAAAGGACCCGGCGACCGCCUUAGCGAGAAACAAAUUAUGUGGAUGGACGUGCUAGCUGCGAGUGGGUGGGAUGUGGAGCUGUGUAAAGUGGUGGAUGCAGCUACGGUGAAGCGGACUCGAGGGAAGCAGGCUAGAUGAUGCAUUUACAUAGGCAUGCUUGGGUGCGGAUUCCAAUUGUUCAUAGACAUUCUACAUAGGCGUCGUUCUUUCUAUAACCCUUUUUGUUUACACGAUUCUGUAUUGCACGUUA